GCCAUGUAAGAGCUUGAAAAUCCAUGAGGACAUUUCCUCUGAAAAACCUUAACAGAAAAAUCAUAAUGUCUGACAGCCAUGUUGCUGUGGAUUCUCCAGGCUCUGGAACAGAGGGCAUUCUUGAUGAGAGUCAAGACACAAACAGAUUCUCUGAAUAUGAGCUCAUUGAUUUCAUGUAUAACACCAUCAACACCAGAAACACAGGAGAAGUGUUGGCCUCCACCAUUGUACAGUACCUGCAGACACUGGCAGCUCAGACUGCAGAUGAGGACAGACUGGCUGCCCUGCAGCGGCUGCUCGAUCCAAACCAACAAAACCCACAUGUGUCUCGAGACAAUUUCCACUCCAUCAUGAGGGCAUGGAUUACUCAGUGCAGUCAGAACAGCUCAGAUGUGGAUGUCAACCAUGUUUCCUGGCCAGAUGCCAUAGCGAUGCCAUUAAAUGAUCUGGAUUCACCAGUUUCUGACGGCAAAGCUGUUUUCUCAGAGGUCCAACAGUGUUUCUGUGAAGGACAGGACCUGUCAGGUGCUGUGGCUGAGCUGAAGCACGCUAACCGUAAGCUGAGCGAGCAGAAAAGCAGUCUGCUGAGGAUGUUGGCCCAGUGUGAAGAUGUAAACCUGCAGCUCAGUGCUGAGGUCACAGAGCUGCAAACAAAGCUGGUCAGUGUUCAGCGUUCAGCCAUCAGAGCUCGAUCCCUGACAGAAGAACUGGAGGAGACUCAUCAGAUGUUAAAAGAGGCUCAGGAAAGAGUCAUUCGCACUCAGGGGAGCUUCACAGAACUGACCAGAGAAGUUGAACAUCUCAAGAUUUAUAUCAGAGAACUCGAAGACAAGAAUGAAAAACUCUCCUUUGAACGCUCCUGUGCUGAAGACAAUCUCAACAAACUGAGGAAGGUCAACACUGAGUUGAGGGCUGAACGUGAAGAAACUCUGCUUAUGUUGGUGCUGAGAGAGAAAGAAACAAUAAAGAAAGACAUUUUUUUGGAGAAAAUGAAGAACUUUCAUCUGGAGAGUCACACAAUGAUAGAGGAACUGCAGUCGGAGUUGAUAAAGUUAGAGGAACAUUCCCACCAAAUUCUUUUAAGGUACGGUAGACAUUUUGUCUGUCCUCAGAGUUCAGCGCCUCUGUCAAGCUGUCACUCUUUGCAGAGCGAGAUGCAGGAUGUUCAUCAGCGGCAGCAUCAGAAAGCACUGGACAACCAAAGUGUGCAAUCCUUUCACAAGCACACAGACGACGCUCAGAUUCAGAGAAUCAAGAGCAAAGAAAAAACCCAUCGUCUGCACAACAAUCCUCUCGAGCGGGACUUUUCUGCUGUUCAGCAGAGGCCUUUUCACCAACAACAGACAACCAUCAAACAUCAGCUUCCUCAUGUGCAGCAGGAGCUGAAGCUGUGCAAGUUUGUUUGGAAGGAGAAGGACGAAGAGCAGCAGAAGGAGAACAAUCAAAGCCAAACUGGAAGUCAGAAUCAAACCCAGGAGGCCAAGAAGGUGGCAGUUUUGAACUGGUGGAGAGGCCACAYUGUGGAAGAGGAAACGAUCAGCAGGAAAGACACAAACCUGCUGCAGGAGCUUUCUGAGAACCAAGCGAAGCAAGAAGAGGACGCCAGCAAUGAUAUGAGAAAGCAGCUUUGUCACCUGCAAACCACUUUAGGAUCUGGACAGAAGCGUGUCGAACAAAAACCCACACGUGGUGUCCCUCGCAGCAAAACGAGCAAUGGCUUGGARGGACAGGAAGCAGACACAACUGUGGAGAAGGCGGUGAAGGAGCAGGGAGACGCAGCUGCGCUUUCAGGGCCUGAGAAGAUCAAGUCUGCAGGGCAGGAACAAAGCCAGGAGCAGGUGAGCACAGACGGGCUCCUGGGGACCAUCGGGAGGAUCGAGGUGAUGGUCAGCAGCGCCCUCGAGACGGCCGAGCUGGUGAGGCGGAGCGAGCAGAGGGUGAGCCAGGUGACCCAGAGGAUGGAGGACAUUACCCAGAGGGUGGAGGAGACUGCGGGCCGAGCAGCCAACUCUGAGGAGCAGCUGGACCGCCAGGAGGCCGCGGUCAGGGAGAAAACCUCACCCCAGUCUCCAGCUGAUCUGGGAUCAGACACCACGGCCUCUACAGAUGAUGAUGAACUCGUGAAGACAGGCAGCACAGAGCAUCCUCCUCUGCCUCCCAUUUUCCCAGAAGGUCCAGAGCCUCCAAAGCGACCCAUGAAUGGUACGGUGACGUCAGUAUUGUUAGGGGGUACACAGUUAGACAGAGAUAAAUUAAAGCUGGUGGUAUUCCCAGAGGAUGUCUGA